CUUUACCUUACCAGGAAGAGAUAAAUGCUGCUGCUCAGGAGAAGCAGGAAGAGCAAGAGGCAGUCGUACUCCUGCAGCAACAGUGACAGCAACAAUGGCAAUCAUCUAGGUCAGCCCUCUGCAAGCUGGAGCCUCAGGUAAACAGAAAUGGAGUUCUUACUAGUAACUCAGCUGCUGGCCUUAAUCUCGGUGACUACAGCCUUAGACAAUGGAUUGCUGAGGACGCCCCCUAUGGGAUGGAUGGCGUGGGAGCGGUUUCGAUGUGACGUCGACUGUAAAGAUGACCCUAAGAACUGUAUCAGUGAGAAUCUGUUCAGAGACAUGGCUGACCGACUAGCUGAGGAUGGAUGGAGGGAGCUGGGCUAUGAAUAUGUAAUCAUAGAUGAUUGCUGGAUGUCCAAGCAGAGAGAUGAACAUGGGAGGCUGCAACCUGACCCUCUCAGGUUCCCAGGGGGAAUUGCAAAGCUGGCAAGGUACGUCCAUGACCGUGGACUAAAGCUCGGCAUCUAUGCAGACAUGGGCACUCACACCUGUAUGGGCUAUCCCGGCACCACCCUGGAUAAAAUUGAAAUUGAUGCCCAAACCUUUGCUAGCUGGGGUGUAGACUAUUUGAAGUUUGAUGGUUGUCACUCAAACCCUGUAGAACAAAUGAUAGGUUACCCUCGGAUGUCCAAGGCUUUGAAUGCUACAGGUAGACCUAUAGCCUAUUCCUGUAGUUGGCCUGUCUAUGUUGGAGGACUUCCACCUAAUGUGAACUACUCUCUAAUGGGGGAAAUUUGCCACUUGUGGAGGAAUUAUUAUGAUAUUCAGGACUCAUGGGACAGUGUGAUAAACAUUGUUGACUGGUUCUCUAACAACCAGGAUGCUCUGCAACCGGCUGCAGGACCAGGACGAUGGAAUGAUCCGGAUAUGCUUGUCAUUGGAAACUUUGGCCUCAGCAUUGACCAAGCACGCUCUCAGAUGGCUCUGUGGGCUAUAAUGGCUGCACCUCUCAUCAUGUCUAAUGACCUUCGAACCCUAAGCAAUGACGCAAGGGCCAUCCUGCAAAACAAAGUUGCCAUCUCCAUCAAUCAAGACCCCAGAGGUAUGCAGGGAAGACGCCUGCUGCAGGAGAAGAGUCAUAUUGAGGUAUACUGGAGGCCCCUGUCUAAUUCAGCCAGUGCUCUUGUGUUCCUGAGUCAUCGCCAGGACAUGCCAUACCUCUACCAUACCUCUCUGGCUAAGCUCCACUAUGAUCCUGGCAGCUAUGAGGCAUAUGAUGUGUUCACUGGCAGGACGAUGACAGGGUUGACCCACACAACAGACCUUAAAGUCUCCAUCAACCCGUCUGGUGUGGUCAUGUGGUACAUCUAUCCAACUAAACACAAAAGAUUCCACAACACAUGGAAGGAACAUACGCUGUCCACAUAUCAUGUGGACGAGGCGGAAGCUGUGCCUCCUGAGGUGCUCUGAAUGAGCUGCUAUGGAUAAAAGACAGCAGGCUGUAAUUUUAUUGAAUCUUUUGAUGCAUGACUGCCCCAGUCAAAGCAAUGCUACUACAUGAUUUUUCUUUGUCACUACACGGAUGUCUCUUUUUUGCACUGAUGUAUAUGUUAUCAUGAUACUAAACAUGAAAAAUAAAAUAUUUUCUGUAAUCUGUAAAAUCUGCAGUGAUGAAUACAGUUAGACCAAUAAAUAGGAACAUCAAGAGCCGUUCACUGAAAAUCAGACGGUCAGUGUUGUCCAUCAGCAAAUAUGAUGCACUUUUUAUUACUGUUAUUGUUAUUAUUAUUAUUAUUAUUAUUAGUAGUAGUAGUAGUAGUAGUAGCAGUAGUAGUGGUAUUGUUGCUUGAUGUUGUCAUUCUUAUUAU